AUGAGGCGACUAGAGCUAGAGUUUUCUGUUGAUGACAAGGUGUUCUUGAAAGUGUCACCGAUGAAGGGAGUAAUGCGGUUUGGUAAAAAGGGCAAGCUCAGUCCUCGUUUCAUAGGCCCUUAUGAGAUUGUUAGGAAAAUUGGGACGGUGGCUUAUGAGUUGAAGUUACCAUCUGAUAUGGCCAUGGUGCAUCCGGUGUUUCACAUUUCGAUGUUGAGGUUGUACAAACCCGAUCCUUCCCAUGUGUUGAACCCUGAAGAGAUUGAAAUUAAUGAAGGGUUAUCCUACGAAGAAAAAUCGGUUCAGAUUCUAGAUCGUCAAGCAUCAGCUACAGAGUCGGUUGAGCUAGCUGCUUAUAGGUUACAGGGCAUCGCAAUUAAUGCGGUACCAGUCAUGGAGAUUGUCGAGAGGUAG